AUGAUAGCUUGCUCAUCCAUCAUCGUGUGGGUCUCGUUCCUCAAGGCCAUUGCUCGGAUAGAAAGUCUCUCCAAGUCAGGGCAUGAGGAGCUCCGAGCGUCUCGUGCCGGGCUGGUUCGUAGGCUGCUGGUGGAGGAGGGCGAUGAGCUGAGCGAGGGGCAACAAGUCUGCGUCAUCCAACAAUGCCCGCAUGAUGACACCUUCCAAGGGAUCUGCACCCUCUGUGGAGCAGAUGUAGAAGAAUCGGGAGGCCAUGCUACUGCUGCUGCUCCGGCUCAGCUGGACAGAGAGACGCAUGUCGCAUCUUCAAGACUAGACAAGCCGCAAAGCUUCGGCAUGUUCGGGGCUCUGGUGCUCGACCUCGACCACACCUUGCUUCACACGACCCUGCCAAGAACAGAAAUGGAGGAGAUGAUCAUGCAAACGCUCCAUGAACAGUGCAAGGACGUUCACGUCCUCCAAGUCUCGGCUGCGAGAUAUUACACCAAAUUGCGCCCUGGGAUCCGCAACUUCCUGUCCGAGAUGUCUAGACUCUUUGAGCUGUACAUAUACACAGCAGGCAUGGGGUCCCAGCAAUACGCGGAAGCUGUCGCGCACAUGCUGGACGAGAGCGGCCGCAUGUUCCGGGGGCGAAUCAUAUCUCGAGACGACUACACGGAUGUCUCUCUGGAGCACAAGAAGCUUGACAAGGUUUUCCCCAUCGACGAGCAUCGAGCGCUUGUCAUCAUCCUCGACGACAACGCGGAGACUUGGGACCAUCAGUACAGCGACGGGCGAAACUCGCAAGAGAAUCUCAUCCAAGUGGACAAGUACUCGUUCUGGCCGCGGGACCUCGGAGAAGGGCACAACCCUGUGGCAGCGAGGGAGUGGCAGGGGGCAGAGUCAAGCAGCUUUUCGUGGAGCCUGAAUGAGGCUCAGAAGCAGGAGGAAGCGCGGGAGCAGAGUGAUGGUUCUGCUGCAAGCGAAGGAAUGAAGGAGGUGGAGAAGGCCCCAGGUCAAGAUCAAGCUUGUCAGGGUGCGGAGGAGAGAGGAGUCGCUCCGGAAGACGCAAGUGAAGAUGCAAAGGAGACUAAAAGAGGAAUGGAGCAAAAAGGAGGCAAGGGCGACGAGGAGGUCAAAGAGGCCAAGGAAAGAGCAAAGGACGAAGAUGAAGCAAAGAAGGACGAGGGUGAAGGAGAUGAAGUAGCGAAAGAGAACGACGGGGAACAAGAGCUGAAGCAAGGUCAAGAAGUUCCUGAGGGGACAUUGAUCGAGGACGAGCCAGUCACAGACAGCAAGCUGAAAGCUCUUCUCGCCGAGCUGCUGGCUCAGGACCGACUGGACGAUUACAUCCCCCGCCUUGCUCAGAUUCUCUCGCAGCUUCACGCUUCGUUUUUCAAGCGACUCCUCCCCUCCUCAAAACCUCUCCAGCCUUCCCGCAAGCCGCCGGCCAGACCCUCCCAAGACAUUCGUGAGCUCCUCCGGUCAGCUCAGUCGCGCGUUCUGUCUGGGCUGAAGAUCGCUUUCUCGGGCGUCAUCCCGCACUCCUUCCCCCUCCUCUCUUCACGUGAAGGACGACUAGCCUCGCUGCUCGGAGCUCAGUGCUGCGAGGAGAUCGCGGGAAUCACACACCUCGUGGUUGUGAUCCGGACGGGACUUACAGAGAAAGUGAUCGAGAGCAUCAGACAAGGGGAUGUUGAGAUAGUCAGCCCCGAAUGGUUGUACGCGUGUGCCAGCAGAUGGGAGAAGGUCAGCGAGGACAAGUUUCGUCCUCCUCGAUGGCAGGAGUAUCUCGACAAGGCAGCCUCCAAGAUCUCCUCUGCUGCCCCAGACGCAGAUCAGGAGCUCUCAGGUCACAGUAGGAAGAAGCGAAGGGUCGGGGGGGGCUCUGAGGCCUUGGGGAGGAAGGAAGAGGAUGAGAGUCUGCGAGACAAGGAGGAGGCGAAGGGGAACGUCAAGGAACUGCUCGGAGAGCUCUCGGAGCUGAUGGAGGGAGCAGAUUCGAUCCUGCAGACCUCCAGCAGCGCUGCUGCUCGCUCUUCCUCCCUCCAGGAAGCUGAGGCUGACAACGGAAAGUCAGAGGGAUCAAGUGAUGACCUCGUGGACCAGCUGGAAGACGAGCUGGACGAGCUGGACGAGCAGGACGAGCAGGAGCAGGAGCAGGAGCAGGAGCAGGAGCAGGAGCAGGAGCAGGAGCAGGAGCAGGAGCAGGAGCAGGAGCAGGAGCAUGGGGGCGAGGACGAGGGUGAUGACGAUCUGGACAACUACUGA